AAAGGCCGAGGAAGAAGAGGACGCCGCGGGGGAAUCAACUCCCUCUGCAGGUGGCGGUGCCGCCACGCCGUAUCUCUCCCCGUACCCAUCCAUCGCAAAGCCCCGGCCUUUUCAUCGUGUCCCCUGCUUUUUUCCCCCGCCGGAUUCCAGCCAAUUCCUUCGUUCCGCAGGACAGCAACGACAGACAAACCGUUGGCGCCAGAGUUGGGGAGAGAGGGGAGGGUCGCGAGCGCGUAUGGUGAUGGGAUGAGCUGGCGGCGUGGGGGCCUUGCCGUCAGGGGAUGGAGAACGGAGACGGGUCGGUGGCGGGCGCGGGCGCCGCCGGCAGCGCCGGCAGCCUCGGCCUCCGCGUCGGGCAGGCAGUCUUCUCGUCGGCGUCCCUGCUGUUCAUGUCUGUCGGCGUCGAGUUCUUCAGCUACACCGCCUUCUGCUUCCUGAUCACGAUCAUGGGCCUGGUCAUCCCCUGGAGCUGCACGCUGGCCAUGAUCGACGUGUACUCCGUCUUGGUGGGAUGCCCUCUCCGCGUGCCGGGCGUCAUGGUCAUCGUCGUGGUGGGAGACUGGGUCCUGUCGAUCCUGUCGUUCGCAGCCGCCUGCUCGAGCGCCGCGGUGAUCGACCUCCUCCUCCAGUUCCACGGAUCCCAGUGCUCGCCGAGGUUCUGCGGGAGGUACCAGCUGUCCGCCAUGAUGGCGUUCUUGUCCUGGUUCCUCACGGCGGCUUCGGCGAUCUUCAACUUCUGACAGUGGCGGAGGACGCCAAAAAAUUUAGGUGUGGCGAGGGGAUGCGGCGCGCAGGCGGGGGACGCUCCUGGCGGACCUGGCGGCUACCGAGGCCGGCGACGGCGAGGGCAUGCGGCGCGCCGAGAUAUGGCAAGCGCCAUACCUCGCCACACUAGGCCCUCCACCACUGUUUAUAGACAUGAUCAUGCAACCACAAUAACUUAAAUUCUGCAGGAGCAAGGGCUUGGCUUCAUUUUGACUGUUUAUUGCAAUUUACUUCGCAUCUCAUUGGCAUACCAGUAUAUCCCUGGAUUUUCUCACAUCUAUAAGGACGAACAGACACUAAGCUUAUUUCUCUCUUUCUUUUUAGGACGAAAUGAAUUAUUGUUUUCUCAUUGUGAUACAAUAGAACAGUUACAUUCUUUAAUUCAUCUACUAGUGUGCUUAUACAAAUAGUCCAGUAGUGCAAAAGUGAUAAAAUGCCACAUUGGCUUGAACCUUGAGAUCUACUCGUUGGGAUCAAGGAACCCGACAAGGCACUUCUCCAAAAGGAACUCUGCAUUUACCCAAGCAUGGUAUUUAUCUAUAGCAAAGUCAAGGAGUCAUCAAGAAUUAUAAACCACUGCACAAUCAACAAUCACAAUAAUGAGACAACUAACGAUCAGAAUCAUCAGCAGGUCAAUCACCAUGAGAUUGACGAGAUAAGGCUGCAAAAGCGUCAUAGUGAUCAUGUGACACCACAUAAUGUGUCAUUUCUAUUCCAUGCCUUUUGGUAACACACCAAUUUGCAUGAGAAGAAUUGUGUUGCAGUGUGAGUCCACAACAAGCAACAAGAUAUUUUCAGCAACAAUGCAAAAAAACAAUAAUAGAAGGAUACUGAACAAAGCAGUGCAGUCCUUUCCAGCAGCUUUCAUAAGCAUAUCAACUCCUGCAAACAAAUGCAAAAUAUAAUGCAAGAUAUUUAUCAUGAUACGACACUUUAAAGUGGAAGCAGCAGUUCUGAAACUCAACAGAAUAACAAUGCAUGAACUAAGAUUACCUCCAGGAUGAAAUUUCAUGUAUGGAGCGAUAUUAUAAACACGGCCUUUGAGAACUGUCCAAAUGCAAUCUCCAGUUUUAUGCUGCUUAACUUCUUCCAAAGAAAUUAACCUUCGAUUUGACUGCCCCUUGAGCCCUAUAAAAGAAAGAAAAGCAUAUUUUUGUUACAUCAAUUAUCCGUACGAUCAAUUGAGGGGCAAAAAUGCACAUUAAGCAGGUAAGGAAAGAUGAGAAAACAUGAACUCAAAAUUCAGUGUAAGCACACAGUUCUAGUCAAUCUCAGACUGAAAUACAGAAGUUUACAAGAUUUCAAAACGUGUCAAGCUAAUCUUUAAAAGGUUUUGCAUCAUGGAGUAAGCAUUGUCCCGCUGCCUAUCAUGAAGGCACUUCUGAUCUUUACAUAAGUACUCAACAGCCAACUUGUAUCAGAAAAAUCAUCAAGACAUGUAAGUCUUAUUAUGACCACGUAAAAUUAAAGAAGGAAACAAAUCCUAUUAAUUUGUAGCUAAAGGCAUUAUCAUUAAGAAACAUAUCAUCGUGCCCUCAAGCAAAACAACCUCAUCCCUUAUGAACCUGGUUGACUUAUCGUGCUACAAAACUGAAACAUUAAUGGAAGCAUAAAUAUGGUGAUAUGGAGCUAGUAUUCAGAAGAGCCAUCAGCCACCCAAAUUAUAAAUAGUUUUAGGACUGAUGCAAAGUGUUACAAGGCAUAAAAGCUACAGUAAACAAAGUGUUAAAUUAAAAAAAGCUAAUUUCUUCGAAGGAAAAUGGCUAAUAUAAAUAUUAAAAAGUUAAAGGUUCUCAACUUUAAUUUGAACUAUUCAGCAAGGUAAGCAUUGAGUUUCUAAAGCUGGCAAUAUUUUUUUAUUACUGAUGGAACCCUCUGAGGACCUAAUAAGUCAGCGCAAAAUACAGAACCUUUAUCUCAGACAAAAAUACACACCAGAAAAACAUGGCACGGUAACUUAAAUUGCUACAGAAUGCAGAAGUUUUCAACUAGUAUAGUUAUGACCGCUUCACUGUCAUAACUAGGUCCUUUGAGAGGGAUCAAUUAUGCAGCAGGAUCAAGCCACUGUAUAGUAACCAGAUAAAUCCAAGUACCAAAGAUCAUCACACAGCACCCACUAAAGUCUGUAACAACUUACCAGCUAGAUCAGGAUGUGUUCGUGUCAGCUUUAGCCAAUCCAUUUGGCUAUAGCCCUUCUCGAAAGGAACCUUUUUCCGUACUGCAGGUUUCUUCGAUGAAGGUUUUGCCUGUGACGACACAUUUGAUUCUGCUCCACCACUUGUUUGUGUAAUUGGUUCUUUCAUGUUGCUGUCUUGUAUUGAUACACUAGCACUGUUACCAGACCUAUCUUUAUCUGAGUCAUUGGCUUUCAAGCCAUCUUUCUUUGCAGUUUUUGCACUAUCACCAUGAACAUCCUCGAGCAACAUACUUGCCACAGGAAUGGCUUUAGGAGAUCCUAACUGUCCGUCAUUUUCUUCAGAACUAACCUGAAAAGAUGUAACACAAAACUUUUGACGCCAUAUCAGAAAGUAAACCAGAAGCAAGAAAAUUUACCAUUGAUGCUCUUAGCAACUUAACGGGUCAAGGGACAAAGUCAUAUUCAAUACAAGAGGUUUAGACCAGUAAGAUAACAAAUUGACAAGUCAUCAUGCAAUUAAGUGUAAUCAGCGAAAGUGAAGACAAUAAAUAGUGCAUAAUAUGCUUCUUCUAUACUUCAGCGAUAUCCAACUACUAACUAAAAAAGGGUAAUGGAGUGAGUGCCCAUGAAGAUACACUAGCUAAGUAGCUAAUUAACCAAUCCAACAACAUCAGCAACUGAGACAAGAACAAUUAAGAGCAACUGUUUUGAUGUAUGCAUCAUGACUUCAUGAUAAUAGCAUCAAGGCAUGCAUUUCCAUAUAUACAGCAAAGAGAAGAAAAAAACAAUCAGAGCCCCUCGCCCAUCCUGUUUCUUAUUUCCUCUGCUUGACUUAUUCAGACAGUAUUCAGAAAUGUAACCUAUGCACUUGUACUGGUUUCAGAAAUGAACAUAUAUUGGCGAAACCAAAUCCUUGAUUCCAUGCUUAUUGCGGAUUAUCACAACAAGCCACACGAUUUAAGCCUUAUGGUUAUCAAUUUUUGCGUGGAAACAAAUACACGGACAUAUUAUCUAUGGUAUGGUAACAACUAAGUGCUGUUUUCAUGUUUACAAAACUCUUUAUCAACCCCCACAAAAGUAUGCAGUUCAGCUUUCAGCGGAAAACUUUUGGGAGCAGGAAAAAAGCUGAUAAAGUAAUGUAAUGGUACAAAGCACUAGAACAACAAACAAUAAAAGCAUGACACAAACGAUCACCACACUUACCCUGCAGAAGGUGAAGUCAGAUGAAUCGCCAUCAGCCAUCUCAGAGCCUUGCGAACAACACUCCAAAUAUACCCUGGUUCAUGUUCAUAAGGCAGGAUGUGUAAAAUACUAGAUGAUUUCAGAAACCCCAUCGAAAUUCAGGAGGGACUAGUAAAAUGCCCGUGCGUUGCUACGGGAGCUAAAAUUCAAGUGUAAAAAGAUGCAAAUCUGCCAACAAAUAACAUAAUGGUCUGGGAAGAAAGAGAAACUGCUACAGAAAAAAUGGUCAUGCUGUGCAAGAGCAUCUUGAGGAAAUGGCUAAGGCAGCAAGAAGCCCCAGAAAAUCAAGAAAAAUGUUUUUUUUUUGUAUCUCAGGCUUCUCUUAUGAUUGAAGAAAAACAGAACGGUGAAAGAACAAUUAAAGAUUGAAAGUGAGCUAAAAUAUGAUGAAAGGAAAGGUCUAACACAACUUGUUGAACUUGUCAGCUCAACAGCAAUGCCAUCACUGGUACAGUGGUACCGAUGGUAGGCUAAAGGAGAAUGAUCUGACCAGUAGAGGAGCCAUUUGGGCAUAUCAAUCCAAAAUUGUUAAACAUGCUGCUUCAUUUAGAGCCAAAAAUUCAAGUGCUGCAAGAGUAAUUAGAGCAAAAAAUUUGAUUGCUGCAAGAGACCACUUAAUUGACAGAAUGUAGACCGCAUAAUUUAUUGAGAGCCUUGACAGCUUUCUUGUCAGCAACUAUUCUCAGAAAGGCUUGUACAUCAAUUAAGCAGCAUGCUUGUCAUGCUAGGUUGCUGUAUGGAUACAAUAGUACUCUAUUAUGGACUUGCUUGGUUUGGUCACUUGCAUUCACAUAACUUGUUACAGUUUACAUAAAGCACACAUGGUACAAUACUACAAUUUGUUCCUUCACUCUGUCUAUGAUCUAGAUGACAACUUGCAGUGCAUUAAUCCCUUUACGACUAUAACUUUGUUAGCUUCAGGCAUUAGUAAUUGGACUACUCUUUACUAAUUUUCCAAUUGCAUGGCGAUGCACGGCGACGAGCCAAAAUAAAAAGGCAAGUGCAAAGAACAUGAAUUGGAUCAAGGACAGAAACACUUGUUUCUUUUUGAGGAAAACAUAACUGGAGCUUUAUAACCCAUAUUGAACAUAAGAGGCAUUGUCCCAGAAUGGAUUCAAAGCAGGAGCAUGCUUCAUGACUAUAUUGGACAGGUUAGAAGUUUUGCAUUAAAGUAUGCAACCGGAUACUUCGAGUUAAUACUAUCAGUUUAAAGUAUACAAAACCUUCUCAAGUGGCAGGCUACGAUAGUCAAGCAAGAAAAAAAUCUAGUACAGUUACUGCGUCAAAUCAAAGGGUAAUGUUCAGGUACAAAUUUUCCUUCUUUAAUUCAUAAAGGUGGCUAUGAUACUAUCAGUUCAGAUACAGUUUGAGUUAAAGCUUUAAAAUAAGUAAAUAACAAACUGCAAGGCUAAGAUAGUCCAGUUGUAAUGUAUGUGCUCUAGUAAACUUUUCUUCCAGAUUUACUAAUAACCCUGAUGAAUAAUUACUAUCCAAUAGGCGGGCUCAGCAGAAUACCUCUCCAUGUAGUAAAACCAACACAGAUAUGAAAUUACUUUGUCAUAUCUACACGUGGCAUGUCACUGAUCAAAAACCAACACAAGAAUAUUUACAUGUGGCAUGUCAUAUCUAUGGAUAAAAGAAUGAAAUGUAGACACGAAGUUGCCAACCUAUCAACAGUCCAACACAGACCUGAAAUUAAUUUGUCGGAAACCUGCUUGGCAUGCCAUGCCAUGCCAUCCUGUAGUUUUCCAAUAGUGCAGAGCAAGCAAGUCUCACAUCAACAACCAUCGGUGCCAAUUUAGCCAUUUAUGGUACUUAACCUACAUUAUUUUUCAACCAAGGAUGGAGCAAGAUCUCUUCCGAAAUAAGCAUAUAAUAUGAUAAUAUAAGCACAUUGCCAGUACUUGCUUUCCUGCUCCACUUAAAAAUAGUGGUUACCACUAAGCACACAAAUAUUGCAACAUAGAAAUGUUGGGCUGAACACAUCCUACUUGUUCGGUAUGGCAGCAGCCAUCAACUUUGUUUUAUACACAUUUCUGUGAAUAUAGGCAUAUACUUUCUUAGGGACCAUCAUAUAACUGUUCAGUAGCAUUAUUUGAGCGCUCAUCUUUUUGGAACAUAAAGUAUUUGACAAUGUUUGCAAGUGAUGGCUAGAGCCUCCAGUUGAGAGGCUGCUGACCUGGGCUCAACCUGUGCGCUCGCAGGUUGUGUGAGUAGCUUCCUAAAAGGGUUAGGUACUCGCCUCUAAGACAAACCAAGGGGACGUCACCUCCUGUGGUCGAGUUUUUUUGGACUUUGGUUCAAUGAAGCUGUAGAGUUUUGCAACUUUUGUCUAUGUAACGAUUCAAAAGUUAUAUGUAAGCAGAACUCUUGUUGAAGUCAAGUCCUAUUCUUGAAUCACAAUGAUCUCUGUUGUACUAUCAAAUUUGGUAUUCUGCUAUUGUUAGCACUCUGUAAAUGAACUAAGUUUCUUUUA